UAUAAAAUAUUAAAUAAAUUUAAGAUUCGUAUAUAAAUGUAAAAAAUAAAUUUUAAUAUCGAGAAUAUUCUUCGAUAAUUGAAAAAACGACAAAUUUAAUUGGACAGUGCACUCAUAAUAAAAGUAACAUUUCCUCAAAUAUUUGUUCCUGUUGAAACGAGCUUUGACCCGCGCUUUUAAAAACGCAAUAUGGCAGAGCGUUAAUUUCGACAUUUAAUCCUACAAAGGAAGAGGAGGAAGGCUGCCGAAUAGAAAUUUCUAGAAUUCGAAGGCGAACUGGACGAAAUGGCGAGUCGAAUGAAAGCUUUAUACAACCAGGUUAUAUUCGAGAGGCGAAUCCUCCUCGGUUGCACGGUCCUCGUGGGUCUGUCGGUGUGCAUAUGGUCGGUCGCCAUUGGAACUAAUCAUUGGUUCACGAUCGAAGCCCCGGAUAAGAACGGUUUACCAAUCGGUGACCCCGCCAAAGGAAAAAGAUUAAUCUACAAGAAUAUGGGUCUCUGGAGAGGCUGUAUUCAAGGGAUAGCACCUGAAUCUGAAAACUCCACCAAAUUGAUCCCCUUCGAAUUUUGUAAAAAUCAGGAUAUGUUCCCGACCGAGAAACAGUUCAAAUUGAAUCCGGGAUUAAAUACAGUAGUCAAUUAUUCGAGGACACAGGUAUCGUUCGCGUUAAUCAGCCUGUUCGUGAUGGUGAUGGGCUUUUUCUUCUCCAUCUACACGUUCCGCAACCCACGAUACAUGUUCAAGCGAUUGGCCGGUGGAAUACAUUUCAUUAGCGCCGCGUGCAACAUGGUGGUGAUACAAGUUCUCCUCUCCUCGAUCGAGUUCGAGAGCAAACACGUGCACACAACGUUCCCAAAGGAUGCGAUCCUCAAGUACAAUUUCUCGUUGAUCCUCGCGUGGAUCGUGUUCCUGUGCAACCUUCUCGCCGGAUGCGCCUUCAUGCUGUUCUCCAGGAAGCGGAAGAGGGACAAGGCGCCCACCGAGGAGAUCGCGAUGGCCGACGAGCCGACCAUCAUCGGCCGUUGAUCUUUUUUUAAUUAUUAAAACGAUUACCUUAUCGAACGAUCAUCGAUCGCGAGAGAAUAUUUUUGUGAUCGAGUGGAACGUAAUGAUUUAAAAAAGACUCGAUUCUGUGUCGUAUAGGAAUCGUUUCCAAGACACGUCUCGAGCGAUUAACUUUCGAUGAUCGAAGUUAAAAAAAAAAAAAGAA